CUCCGGGGACCCGAGGAGCCGGGGGCUCGGAGCUCGCGCGGGGCUCCCCCCUCCCUCCGGAGGUGUCUGGGAUGGAGAGCCGGAAGGACAUGGUUAUGUUUUUGGACGGGGGGCAGCUUGGCGCGCUGGUGGGCAAGAGGGUCUCCGGCUUGUCCGAAGCCGCGGGCGGCGCGCUGCCGGAGCCGCCCGAGAAGACGGGGCCCCGCGGCUGCCGGAGCCCCCGGGCCGGGCCCGCGGCCUCCCGGGAGCGCGGCGGGGCAGGCCCGGAGGAGGAGCCGGCGGACGGGCCGGCGGGAGGCGCGGCGGGGCCGGGCGCCGAGCCGCGGGCGGCGGGGGCAGCGGGGGCGGCCGCGCUCGGCCCCGGGCCGCCGGCCCCCUCCGCCGCCGACAGCAUCUCGGGCCCGGGGCAGCCCAGCAGCUCGGACACGGAGUCGGAUUUCUAUGAAGAAAUCGAGGUGAGCUGCACCCCGGACUGCGCCACGGGGAGCGCCGAGUACCAGCUCAGCAAAGGGCCGGGCUCGGAGGCGCUGACCGGCAGCCCCAGCGGCGGCGGAGAGGCCCCCAAGAGCGGCGGCGGCGGCGGGGGCUCGCAGGGCGGCCUGGCCUGCAGCGCCAGCGACCAGAUGCGCCGCUACCGCACCGCCUUCACCCGCGAGCAGAUCGCGCGGCUGGAGAAGGAGUUCUACCGGGAGAACUACGUGUCCAGGCCGCGGAGGUGCGAGCUGGCGGCCGCCCUGAACCUGCCCGAAACCACCAUCAAGGUGUGGUUCCAGAACCGCCGCAUGAAGGACAAGCGGCAGCGGCUGGCCAUGACGUGGCCGCACCCGGCCGACCCCGCCUUCUACACGUACAUGAUGAGCCACGCGGCGGCCGCGGGCGGCCUGCCCUACCCCUUCCCAUCGCACCUGCCGCUGCCCUACUACCCGCCCGUGGGCCUGGGCGCCUCGGCCCCCGCCUCGCCCUUCGGCGGCCCGCUGCGUCCGCUCGACACGUUCCGUGUGCUGUCGCCGCCCUACCCGCGGCCCGAACUGCUGUGCGCGCUGCGCCACCCGCCGCUCUACCCGCCCGCGCACGGCCUGGGCGCCGCGGCCGGGCCCUGCUCCUGCCUCGCCUGCCACGGCGGCCCCGCCAACGGGCUGGCGCCCCGCGCCGCCGCCGCCGCCUCGGACUUCACCUGUGCCUCGUCCCGCUCGGACUCCUUCCUCUCCUUCGCGCCCUCCGUGCUCAGCAAAGCGUCCUCCGUGGCGCUGGACCAGAGGGAGGAGGUGCCCCUGACCAGAUAAGGGGCUGCCCGCGGGCUGCGGCUCCAGGACGCCCCGUGGAGGGGCCCCGGGGACUCAGCCAGCACCUCUCCCGCCCCCGGGCGCCGAGGGGAAGGAAGGGGCCCCGAAAAGCACCAACAGGACUCCGCCUGGAGGAUGGGACUGCCGGAAGCCGCCUCGGAUGGCCCGUUGGGGCAGCAGAAUGGGACUGGGGGAGGGGGCGGCAGAGGCUGAGGACCUUCCUCUGGGGCGCCCCUCUUUGCCAUUCAUCAUCGGACCCACUGCCCCUAACCCGGGUGGAGGCCUUGGCUCCAAAGCUAAACCAACUUAGCAGCAAGAGCAACCCUCAGCCCCCCCCCCCCCCAGCUCCCCUCACACCCUUCCUCCCCUCACCAGGGACACCCCACCCCCCAAGUCAAGCGCAAGCACUGGAAG